AAAUGCACCAAAAACUGAUAGAAAAGCAAGGAAACAAGCAGGAGGUUCGAUUUUUCGCCAAUAAUCCUAUUCUCGCUGCUCGGUGUGUGGUCUUAUCGUAGCAGGCGGUUCGCCCCCGCGUUUUCCCGUUCCAAGUGGCAAGGGUUUUCCACGGGAUCCGCGUACCACCGUGCAUGGUGGUGGCCACCGUUCGCGUGCAGUGCAAAUUUCCAGUUCCACUCCAAGUUCGCGGUGUAUCGUCGUCGUUUUUUGGUCGUGCUGGUGCCUGUGAUUGACCCCGCGAAGGAGGAAUUUUAAGAAAGGGCAAAUACUAUUCAAAGUAUGACUUUUCGCGCUGUAACACGCACAACCGUCUAAUAAGCCGCAUCGAGAACAAUUGAAAGUGAUCCUUGAAAGCAGCUGUGAUUGAAAGCGAAGCUAAUCUUGCCGUACGAUUUCUACACGUGGCCGUGGCGUCGAAACGGUUUGACGUAAGGAUUGCCUCCGGAUGUGCCGCAACAGGAGGAGAACGUAGCACGUGAACGAGCCGGGAGAGAAGUUUUGCGACGGGGACAAAGCUCGCGGAGAGGCCGAGGAGUACAUCCAUUUGUGGAACCGGCGCUAAUCGGGUGUGCUCCUUGUAUCUCUCCGUUUUGGCGGCGCUAGGCAGGAAGCGAUGGCGGAAGCGAUCAUUGCCGACUGGCUCUCCGACUACAGUGCACUGCAGGAAUCGGAACUGCGCACGUUUGCCGCCCAGCACGAGAAUGACUUCGAGAUCUCGAAGGCGCUGUACACCAUCCUGAACGAGCGGACGAAAUACAAGGAUCUAAUCCAUCCCAUCUGCAAUCAGCUGUGCAAUUUCUACCGCUCGAAUGAGGUCGAACUGCGCCGGUUUACGCUGCAGUUUGUGCCGAUGCUGAUCUAUCUGUAUCUCAACUCGGUGGCACUCGGCGACAAAAAGGGCUGCCGUUCGAUCGAAACGCUGCUGAUCUGCAUUUACAACAUCGAGGUCAUCGCGGACGAUGGGAGCCCGAAGGUAGUCUCCUUUCGAAUGCCCGUCCUGGCGCAGGCAUCCGUCUAUCAUGAGGAGAAAAGCCUACAACCAAGCGAUUUGCGGCGGUGGGAAGAGAACAGCAAUAAGGAUAUCAAUUGGGGCCCGCUACCCUCGAUCGAGUCGAUCAACGCGCAGAACCGGCUGAAGGUGAUGACGGCGCUGCUGUUCACGUACAACCAGCAGCUAAAUCAGAUCCACAAACCCGCCCUGUACCAUCUCUGCAAAACCACCUCGCUGCUGGUGAACCAAGGCUUUCCGAAGGUGCCGGGUGGCCACAUGCAUCGCUCAUCGUACGGUACCGAUCCGAUCUCACCGCAGCAACCGAUGGCGAUGGCUGCCCCGUCGCAUGUCGUGCGGCCACCGCCCCGGAUCGCCGUGAACGCCCAGUUCCUGGUGGAGCUGGCGCACGCCAACUACUUCGCCAUGUUUAACGAGUUUGCGUCGGCAGCGAUCGAAGCGGUGACGGAUCUGCACAAUCGCGCGUGCUACGAAAUGCUUCCCAAGGUGAUACUGGUGACGAAUGCAAUACGCAACUCGUUGCACGCGAAUCCUUCCGGUCAACCCAGUGAUGGUCCGAUGGGUAUUAGUGUUGCGCUGACACCUGCCACGACUACGGUGACGGUGUCGAAGUCGAUGAUUACGAAUGCCUCCUUCCGCACGAAGAAGCUACCAGACGAUAUUCCAAUACAGGGCCCAACGAAGGAGGAGAAUGGUGGCCCACACCAUCUGACCAGCAUCAACGAGGAGGGUGAGAGUGGGCAACCAUCGGCGGACGGCAGCGCGAAGGGUGCCGGCAUCGGUGCGACGGGGUCCGGCGGCGUGUCGGGCACACCGGGCAAGCCGAAGGACUCCAAAACGCAUAAGGUGCUGGGCGGCUUCAAGAAGCUGAAACCGGAAAAGGAUAAGGAUAAGGAGAAGGAUAAGGAUAAGGAUAAGGAUAAGGAUAAGGAUAAGGAUAAGGACAAGGAUAAGGAUAGGGAGGGAAGCGGCACGACGCCGGUCGUGCUGGUAUCGACCGGUUCCGGUGGUGGUGUGACGCUUCCGGUGAACAGCAGUACGGCAGCGACGGCGGCCGGCAUCACCGUCGGCGGAACGUCACUCGUCGAGGAAGCGAAGGCCCUAAUGUCAUCGGCGAAGAAGAUUAACUCGAAGGAGAAACUAAGUGCUUCCGGUGUCGGUGGUGGCCAACCGGCAACCGUAGUCGUGCUCGCGAAUGGCAGCAUCCUGAUGGGAUCCGGUCCGGCGUGCAACACGACGAACGGUGACAGUUCGGAUGGUGCGGUAACGCUAGCGGCCGCCGGGACGGCUAACGGUGGGCUCGGCAAGCAGUCGCUCGACAUUGGCGAAUCGUUCGAUUCGGGCAGCGAGCUGCUGCAACAGCACGGCCCGACCACGCUCAGCAGCGCCAACAGCAGCAGCAAUGGAGGCAACACGAUAAAAACCACCGUGCUGGAUAUGAAGAACCACGGCAGUAUACAAGUUAGUCAAGUUUAGAUUAUUGUCCCCGUGUCUCGGUAUACCCGCUAGGAGUAGGAAUUAUUGUUUCUGCGUGGGUUAACGUGCGCGUGUGUAUAGUUGAUGAUCCCCAAUGUGUCCUCCCGUUCCGAACGAUCCUUUUUUGUUUACUUCACCUUACCUCAUCCGUUCCGUAUCGCUAAGCGCCAAGGUUACAGUUACAGUAUUGCAGUCCCGAUUUGUAGUAGGGUAUCGAAGAUUACACCAAGACACACGCAUACACAUCCCGUUUUCCCAUCCGCGCGAACCCCGGGUCGACCGGCGAUUUCGGGUUGAGUUUUUUAGAUAGUAUCGUUUUUUGUUUCCUGGUGCGUUUUUGUUACAUAUACCAAAUAAGUACAUAGACGGAUAAUGUUAAUUUGUGUGUUAAAUUUGGAAAUUUGUUUACGUUUUGUUUAUUUUAUACAGCUUCGGUUUUGCUAUCGUAACAAUAUGUUAAUCAUACACUUAUACAUGUGAUAGUCCAUUUUUCUCGGUUGUUUUGUUGUAGUUACGCCAUUGUCCUUUUAUUCGCUUUUAGUUUAGGUUAUUUUCCUUCUUAAACGACUCCCUGUGGUUCUUAGGUUCAGCGGCGAACAGUAUGGGAAGGAUUUGCAUUCCAACGCACUUGCCUGUAUUAUUCAUUUCCUACGCUAAGAGCGUUUGCUCGUGCGUGGAAAGACUACUGGCAGUGGCGAUAAUUUUGUGCUUUUUGCCCCGGUUUUAUUCUCACCCCCUUUCCCCACCGGCCUCUUCCCACUGACGACUGUCUGGUACAGUCGUUCUGGUAUGUUUUCCAGUCGUGCUCACCCACCGCCUCACAAGUCUCGUCAUUAGGGAAACAUCCAUUUUCGCGCGAGCGCUGUGCUGUGUAGCCUUUUAGCCACCUUACGGCACGACAGAAGUGGAAAUAAUGCUCCCACGCUCCGCAAAACAACAUAUUAAAACGACCGCGACUCCCAACCCAACCAUAUCCUCCGGAUGCCCGAUGCCUAGUCAUGCGUGCCCUUGGCGGUAAUGGGCGCUAUAAAAAGGAGGGAAGAACACACAUACGUACAGUCAGCCAGCCAGCCCCCAUCUUUUCCCUUCUUACGGCCUACCGACGAGCGUACCGUGCUCGCACGUUGGAAGAAUUCAUUGGCUGAUUUAGAUUGUAAAUGAAUAAGUUUAGUGUAAGCAUCAUUUCAUUACAGCAUCCUUAGUGGUAGUAAGUACCGUUCACGAAGCGAAGAAAGCCCUUAGCGCGUCAUAGUUUAAACAUGCUUUCUGUUUUCUUUCGCUUCAGGUAAAAUUGCUUGCAGUAGCUACAUUGUUACGGGGUUCAGUUAAAUGUUUUAUGUGUUUGGAUCGAAGAAGAAAUUUAUCCUAAUGGCUUUCUUUAUUUAAAUGCAAAUCGGAACCGCCUCUCCCGACCGGACAUUCACCCCACCCAGCUGUGGAGAAUCUAGCUCGCCGUGAUAGACCAUUAAUAACUUCGGUUGAACCGGUCCAUAUUCAUUCAAAUGCAUGCCCGGCCACUAAUCACAAUCAGCAUUGCUCCGUGGGCGUUAUGUUAUUAUUUGAGUGUGUGUGUGCGCGUUUUUUGUUUGCUAUUUAUUUGUACGUAGGCGUCUCACUUCAUUCGCAACCAUUUUCAUUGAUGGUGCGGCCCCAGCGUGCGCUAGGAAGACCAAUUAAUGGGGGUAAAGAAAAACUUUCCUUUGCUUAGUGUGAAGCGUCUGCACUUGAUUGAACGGCGAAAAGGUAAAGGGUGCGUGCAACUAGCGUCCAAAUGCCGACUGGAACCUGUGCGCGACAGACCCGUCGUCGGAAGUAAGAAAAGCGCUCCCGUUCGUUCUCUUAAUUCUUCCACAAUACGAAUGUGCCAACAAAUAAUGAUCUUAUGGUUGUGCGUGUGUGUGUGUGAAUUUGUUUCGUUUGUAUUUUGUGAGUGCUGUUGCAAUAUUUGCUACUUGACUUAUAAAGCCCUAUUUGACCUAUUUUCUGUCCCAUUUCGACCGAUUUUUUUCCUCGUAAUUCGUCUUAAUGGGAACAAAACUAAACCAAAACGGAAGUCCUAUCCUCUUCUGUGCUGUUCAUUUCGUCCGUUAUUUAUCCUAGGAAAAGAAAAAGAAAAUGAGGUCGUAUUUCCGUAAUCCGGAACGUUGUAAUAAGAGUCCGGAACAUCGAAGAUGUGUCUCACAUAGCGUACGGAAAGAUGUUAAUAUAUUGAAGCAAUACUAUACUACACAAAAACCCCAAGUGCAGGCUAGGGACGAUAGCCGUACUCGUGCCACAAGUCGAAGUCGAUUUGAGCGGAAUGAUUCAAUGACUGUCUGUACAAGCAAACAAGUCCAAAAGGUCUUUGCGCGAGGUCUUGUUGUUAUUUACUUUCGAUUAUUGUUGUUACACUUCUACUUCUUGGAAGGAAGCUGAGAGUUGUCUGCCUUCUUUACCAUUCAAAUCCAACCCCCCCGUGUCAGUGCUGCAUAACACAAAACACCAGAGGAAAGCAAUAGUUAAAGCAAACCAACUAAUAGGAUAUGUAGGAGAGUUCACUUAAAUACAGCGUAAAGACGGAAGAGUCCUUAGGAAGUAACGCUAUUCUUCGGUGUGGAGGUAUGGGGUAUUUAGGAAUCCGACUGUGCUUAUGAGAGGAUUUAAAUUUUAAUUUAUCAUCAUCAAUUGUUGAACAUUCAUUACACUUCGAAGAAUCAUCGGCAUUAGUUAGACUUGUUGCGGUAACGGAAUUCUGAAACGAACUUAUUGUACACGAUAUUAGCCAUACGAGGAAGGCGGCAUUAAAAUACAUUCAUUUCACAGAACGAAAGCUUCUAAAGCACGCACGACGCCCUCUCGAUUGUAUACAUAUCAUUUCACCGCACUACCACCUGCUACUACUGUUCAUGCAUUUUCCCGGGAAAAAGGUGAAUCCCAAACUUGUGUUACUUUUGUGCCCAUAUGUUUGCAAGAAGGAUCAAAUCUUUCACCCACUGUUGUGCUACCGAUGCUUGCUAAAUCCGAUAAAUAAUAAUUUGCUAUAGGAGAUCUUCUAAAGGAAGACCCCCGUGAGGACUAACACAGAGCAUAGACACAGAAAAGACUUGACGAAGGGAAAAGAUGGGCACAGAAGCGAGACAGGCAAAUAUACAGAGACUCGUUAAAACCGUUAGUAGCAGCGUUGAGAUUUCAUCCGUCGGUGUGUACAUACUGGAGUGUAUAGAGAGCGGGUUGAAGGGUUCAGAAUUCCGCAGAGUAGAUCAGAACGGUUAGCUAGCAUAGGAAUGCAUUAUACUUCAUCGUGUACGUGUGUGAGUGUUUUUCAUUUUUUGUUGGGUUUUAGUUUUCGAUGGUAUUCAAUCGCGUUCAUGUUCCGCGUCCGGGUUCUGGCGAGGAUUUUGCAAAGCGUUCUCUCUCUCUCUCUCUCUCAAGUCAUUGUUGAUGAAGUCGCGUUCGCAGAGAAUAUAUAUAUACACUCACAUAUAGAUAUAUACAAACACACAUACCUAUACACACAUAUAUAUACGGAUAUUUAAAGAAAAGGUAUCAAAUUUUCGGUGUAAUUCAUCUCGAACCAUAUGCAACAAAGCAGGACGAUAUUAAACCGCGAAGCGAAUAUCGUAACGCAGGAGGUAACGCUUGUGUAACGAUCGUAUUAGGUGGUGGCAUCGGUGGGUGCUUUUGGAAAUCGGGUUAAUCGACGAGCACUUGGCGCGUGAUGUGGGGACGAAUUGUGGGGAUACACACACACACACACACACAUACACACUUUCUGUGAGACAGAUACUAGAGCAAUCACACCAAACAAACAAAGCAACACAAGCAGGCAAAGCGAUAGAAGGAAGGAUAGCGCAGCAGUAGGACAUUAUUGAAAUGGCUAGAGCGUAGGGAAGUAGGAGCCGUGUUAUAGUGGAGGGGAAACCAAUAUACAUACAGUGCCGGGAAGAUUAGGUGCAACAGGUGUGUGUAAUAAGGGUUGGGAGAAGAAGAAAAAAGAAGCAAAUUCUCUACUCUGUACAGAAGAGGAAAAUAUAUAAUAUCGUUACAACCAAA